CCCUCCCACCUAGCACCCCCUCCUAUAGCAGCUAUCAACAUAAUGCCGACAGUCAUGCAUGGUCCCCAGACCGGGCCAGCCAGAGUCCAGAAUCCAGACUCAUCACUCGUCAGUAUCAACACCUACCUGGAGGAGGAUGGCUGCGUUACCUAAGCUCCUCGAUAAGAGUAACAUCAAACACUUUCUUGAUAGUUUUGACACUGUCCUUACUGAUUGUGAUGGUGUUUUGUGGAAUGGGGACUAUAUAAUAGGACAGGCUAAUGAUGCCCUGAACCAGCUGCGAGCCCUGGGAAAGAAAGUCUUCUUUAUAACUAACAACUCUACAAAGUCACGUGACACAUACCUGGCCAAGUUUGAGCGUCUAGACAUUAUUGGUAGUAAGGAAGAGAUUGUCAGCUCCUCCUAUGUUAUGGCCCAGUAUCUCAAGCAACAGAACUUCAACAAAAAAGUAUAUGUGGUGGGCAACAAAGGAAUGUCUGAUGAGUUGGAUAACGUUGGCAUCGCUCACAUGGGAGUUGAACCGGAUCCGCUGGUGGGAUGCGUCUUUGAUUUGAAAGAUAUAAAAGACGUAGUGGAGUUAGACCCAGAGGUGGGGGCCGUCGCUGUGGGAUUUGACGGCACCUUCAGCUUUCCCAAGAUCCUGAGAGCUGCCUCCUACCUCAACAAACCUGGCUGUCUGUUCAUUGCCACAAACACUGAUGAAAGAUUUCCCAUUCAAAGUAGCAAACUUAUAUUUCCGGGUACUGGAUGUAUGGUGAGGUGUGUAGAGACAGUUGCCAUGCGUCCACCUACCAUCAUGGGCAAACCUUCCAAGAUGAUGUUUUCAGUCAUAAGUGAACAGCAUCAAUUACAGCCUUCACGUACCAUCGUGAUCGGAGACAACUGCAAGACAGACAUUGUGUUUGGUAAGAACUGCGGCCUUCACACAAUGAUGGUGCUGAGUGGCAUAACACAGAUGAAAGAAUUGGAAGAAUAUGCUGCCAACCAAGAUGAAGAGAAGCACAAGAGGCUGCCAGACUAUUACCUGCCACAACUUGAAGAUCUUAUCCCUCUGCUGAAUGAUGAAAAUUGUAAAUAGGUUUUAAAGUCAGUACAAUAAGUCUUACUGAUUAUGUGGAUAGUACAGUACUGUAUAUUAACAUGAGGAUGGUACAGUACAGUACUCUAUAGAAGAGAUGAAUGAUGUGGCUUUACUAUGUUGAAGUGUCUGAUAGUACAGUGCAGUAUUGUUAUGUAUUUAAACAGUCUUAAUAUGAGUCAUUCCAGUAGCAUGUGGGUCCAUACUAUCACUGUCUAAGCAUACUAGUGUGUGUGUGCCCUCUAUGUUGAUCUCACACAGAUUAAUUUUAUUUUUGAGCAAUGUGUACAGUAUAUGUUAAUCCCAUGGAAAUAUACUUUAUAGUUAAAUACAAUGUUUAAAAGUUGGUGAAGUUCAUGAGCUGGAAGUGCAACUUUAGAUUUGGAAAGUUUGAAAUUUUAUUGAUUUUUAAUCAGGCAAAUUCAGUCAUAAAUUUCCCAAUAUCAAAUGAUAAUUUACAGAAUCAACAAACAGUACAUUGUGUUUUAAGCUAAGGUAUAAACUUUCUUAUACAAUCUUAUGGUACCUUUAGUUCAGGUAACUUGAGUGUUAUAAAUAAGAACCUUUGACUAGAGAAUACUUAAUUAGGACAUCAUAAAACUGCCACCUAUACUACAUACAGAAGCUAUGACAGCAUAACAUAGGUUCACAUACAGAAUACAAUUCGUCAAACUUAAUGAUACUAUGCCAUGGUAUGAUAAUUAUAUAACACAGUUAUAAUCUAUAACAUAAAUAUCUACAGUACUAUAUUUGAAUUUUUACCAUUAUUUUAAACCUGUGUACUUGUAGUUACUGUACAUAGAUUUUUAAUGACAAUAUUUUAUGAAAAACAAAUUUAUAUCUAUUAAUAUAAAAUAUGUAUACAAAAUUUAAUUAAUAUAUACAUUAUUUGAUAAAUAUGGUGGUGUUACUUGAAGUAAAAUUUGUUAUACAGA